AACUCAACAAAGUUCUACAAAUAUUUAUUGAGAGAGGGAGAGAGAGAGAGAGUGUGUUUGUGUGUGCGCAAGAUAUGAGGAUCAGGAAGGUAAUUUAAAAGAGGCCGGGGAGACUGAGAUGGGCACUUGUUGGCUCUUCUUGAACACCGAGUACUUAUUUAAGCAGACAAAAGGUCUUGACGAUAAAGUAGUGGAGUUUCAAGGGCAAGAGUGUCUCACUUCUGCUUUCUUUAAACUCUAUCUUCCUCGUAUCUCGUCUGCAUUCCUCUUCUUCUCCACCUUCUUCUUCUUCUUCUUCUCUCUCUCUCUCUCUCUCUACAUUGGAUUCACACACUAUCUUCUACUUAUAAUCCUUUCGGCCAAAAGUAUCUUUGGGAGAAUGGAAGGAGGAGCAGGGAAGUCUGCACCAAAAGAAAAGAAAGGAAGAUUAGAAAGAAUAUGUGUUUUCUGUGGUAGUAGGCCUGGAUACAAAUCUGCAUUUAGUGAUGCAGCUCUUGAGCUUGGUAAACUGCUGGUUGAGAGAAAGAUUGAUUUGGUUUAUGGAGGAGGAAGUGUAGGUCUAAUGGGUUUCAUCUCUCGGACAGUAUUUAAUGGAGGUUGUCAUGUUCUCGGAGUGAUUCCUAAAGCUCUUUUGCCUCAUGAGAUAUCAGGAGAGACCAUUGGAGAAGUGAAAACAGUUGCAGAUAUGCACCAAAGGAAGGCGGAAAUGGCAAAACAUGCCGAUGCCUUCAUCGCACUUCCCGGUGGCUAUGGAACCAUGGAAGAAUUGUUAGAGAUGAUAUCAUGGUCUCAACUUGGAAUCCAUGAUAAGCCAGUGGGAUUAUUGAACGUAGAUGGGUAUUAUAACAGCUUGCUUGCCUUAUUCGAUAAAGGAGUGGAAGAGGGUUUUAUAGAGGAUUCAGCAAGGCGUAUUGUGGUUAUCGCAAAUACGGCAGCAGAACUCCUAAAGAAGAUGGAGGAGUAUGCACCAGUCCAUGACAAGGUAGCACGCAAACAAAGCUGGGAAGUGGACAAUUUCUUACAUGAGUGAUCGAUCUACUACUCCAACUGGGGAAGCCCUGAUACCUUCCUUAGAUCUUAAUUAUCAUCCAUCCAUCCAUCUCUCUCUCUCUCUCUCUCUCUCUCUCUCUCUAUAUAUAUAUAUAUAUAGACACCAUAUUUAUGUGCCGGAUCAGUGGUUUCAUUUUAAUAAUAAUAAAAAAAAACGCAGCAGAAUGGGCCCAAA